UCUUUUGCUUUGCCUACAAUUUCAUCCUCUCUCUUUACCACCCACCCGGUCUUCAGAUCUCAUAUAUAGAGCUUCCCUAGUCUCUAUUCACCCUCACACACUCCUUGUUCAAUAGGUACUUCCUAUUGUUCACCACUUCACAACUCACUGUCAUUGCUGCAAAAGUUUUUGAACAACGUCCGCAACUGUCGUUACUAAAACAGUUCUAUCGCCGACAUCGACUUGCUCUUCGACAUAAAGCUCAAAGUCAUUCCUUCACCCUCACCUUGACGCUCUCCACGCUGCUGAUCAGCCUCAUUCAUUCCUUACCAAACUCAAAAGAACUGCCUAUCCGGUUUCAUUCUUACGCAGGACGCGCCCACUCGCCUUGACGGCCCCUGAGUCAUUAUGCCCUCUUACACCCAAAUUGUGCUCGCGCUGGUCGCUUCCGUCCACGCUACCCAUCUCACUCUCAACGACUACACUGUUCUCAAGAAUGCUGUCAACAACCCGCCAGCCUGUGGCAUCGGCUACCAGCACCUUGACGUGAACAAGAUCACUGCCAUCGCAGGAAUCGGCGGCAACUACGACUCCAAAUGCGGCUCUUGUGUCCAGGUCUGUGGAAGCUCAAGCUGCGGUUACCUUCUCGUCGUUGAUGGAUGCGCUGGCUCUGACCAUAUUGACAUCUCCACUGUCGCUGGGCCAUCAAUUGUCGGAUCUGAUACCGGCAACCAUGAUGUUACCAUGAAGUUUGUCGACUCGUCUAACUGUGGCGGCAUCUGGGAUGGACAAGGCAUGGACGUUGCCUUUCCCGACGGUGGUGCGCCUGCGAACUGGGCCAAGCUGAACAGCGGUGGUGGUGGUGAUGGUGGCUACCAGGCGCCGGCGACAAGUCCAUCUAGCGUAGCUGUCCAGAACGUCGCGCCGGCUCCUAGUGCCGCCCCAGCUCCUAGCACCGCCCCAGAAGUUCCAUCACCAUAUGUCGCCCCUGAGCCUGAGGUUCAGCAGACUCCCAGCGUCCAGCAGCCUCCCAGCGUAGAGCAAGAGCCUGUUCCAUCAUCCACCGCUGAAGUCGCGCCGCCGGAGACACCAUACCCUGCCGUGCAACAGCCACAGCCGACGCCAUCAGCUGCCGCGCCGUCGUCGUUCACCACCGUCACAACCAAGACGGUACCUACCCCUAGCCCCGCUGCUCCGGCAGAAUAUUAUGAAGAACCCAGUGCUCCCACUACAGCAUCGAUCGAGACCCCUGUAGAUUCUGUGCAUAUCCCAACUCCCAGUGGCGGCGCCUUCUACGAGGCCAGCCCCACUUCAGUGCCUACUCCAUCAUCAGUCGCAGUGGGCACAGCGACAUAUGUUGUACCCACUGCCAACACUUCGCAUUUCACACCGAGCCCGUCCCCCGCUGUUCCGCUCUUUACAGGCGCCGCAUCCAAGAACACCGCGAUGCCAGUCGUCGCGGGCUCGCUCUUGGCCGGGUUCAUGGCUCUCCUUUUCUAGAUACCGCAAGCCAGCCUUGAAGUCUUCUGUGAAGACUCGGCUUGAUGCGUACAUACAUACCCCCACCUAUGGAUUAGGUAUGGCGUUAUAUGGUUCUUACGAGAUACGGGGGCGAUUGGACAAAAAUAAGGAUUGGAUUACGAUUUCAUGAUGGAUGGGUGGAUUGCCUUCGCACACCGCGGAUGGCGUUUUUCUUUUGCUCAUAUACGAUUUUUCUUCUCCUCCAACAUCCUCACACUCUUCAUACGAGGGAAUAUUUCGUUUAUACCCUUCUUGUCACUCGUUUAGACAAUUUUUCCAAUGGUGGGAAAGUGAUGAGGCUUCUCAGGCUUGCGACUAGCUACUAUUUGUUUGCUAGUCU